CGACCGUAGCAGCAGUGUCGUCACCCUGGCCAUACAACGCUGGGUAUGGCCUGAGAAACACGUGCGGGACCUGUCACUCCGGACCAAUACCCACUCGCCACGGGGUAGUGCUGGCAAAUUAUAUGAAACGUUGACAUUAUCAGGAAGCCAAGAUGCCUUUUUGUCAGGCAAAUAACAACAAGCUACCAUCUAACUUACCACAACUACAGAACCUGAUCAAGCGUGAUGCAGCCUCAUACACAGAGGAGUUUGAAAGGCAGCAUGCAGUCUACAAAGCUACAUGUGCCAUAUUUGAGCAGAAUCCUACAGUGUACAAUAACCAGCUUCAUGAAAUUAUUAUGUUUUUAGCACAGGUGGCCCAGUUUUAUCCUGAGCAGCUGAAUGAGUUCCCUCAAGAGUUAGUGGCCAUCCUAAAGCGUCAUGCAUCUGUCCUGCACCCGCACAUGAGAAUGUCUCUAGUGAAGGCCUUGAUGUUCCUGAGAAACAAGAACCUCAUUUCGCCUUUAGAACUCCAUAUGCUCUUUUUCCAGUUGUUGCGUUGCCAGGACAAAGCCCUCCGCAAGUUCCUUCAGCAGCACAUAAUAACAGACAUAAAGAACAUCAAUGCAAAGGGAAAGAAUAUGAAAUUGAAUAAGGAACUGCAAAAUUUUAUGUAUGAGAUGUUAACAGCAAAACAUGCUGUUGCAUCCAAAACAGCAUUAGACAUUAUGAUUGAAUUGUAUAACAAAAGGAUUUGGAAUGAUGCCAAGACUGUCAACAUUAUAACUGUAGGAUGUUUCUCUAAAGUAACCAAGAUAAUGGUUGCAGCCAUCAAGUUCUUUAUUGGGAAGGAUGAGGAAGAAAAAGAUAAUGACGGCAGUGAUUCUGAAAGUGAUGAGGAGGAUUGCAACAAGACCCUCAAGACAACGAUGAUGGCUGUAAGAGUGAAUAAGAAAAGUAAGAAGAAUGCUAACAAAUUAGCAAAAGUUAAGAGUGUCGUAAAGAAAAAUAUGGGCAAAAAGAAAAAGAAAGAUGUAUUUGACUUUUCUGCUCUGCAUCUGAUUCAUGAUCCACAGGAUUUAGCUGACAAACUUUAUAAGCGUCUAGAAAAAAUGAAUGAAAGGUUUGAGGUAAAGUUGUUGGUUAUGAACUUUAUUUCUCGCCUCAUUGGUAUUCAUCAGCUUUACCUUCCAAACUUUUAUCCACUUCUUCAGCGGUUCUUAUUCCCACAUCAGCAGGAGGUCACCAAAGUCAUGGUGUUUGCUGCUCAAGCCGCCCACCCACUUGCAUCACCCGAUGAUUUGGAACCACUUGUCCGAACACUUGCAAACAAUUUUGUAACUGAAAGAUAUUCAAAUGAAGUUAUGGCAAUGGGUCUGAAUGCAAUUAGGGAAUUGUGUGCCAGGAAUCCACAUGGUAUGACAGAAGACUUAUUACAAGACUUGGCUCAAUACAAAUCUAGCAAAGAUAAAGGAGUUUCAACAGCAGCAAAAUCUCUUAUAGUUCUUUACAGGGAGGUAAAGCCUGAACUUUUGGCGAAGAAAGAUCGUGGUGCUCCAACAGAAUUAAGAACUGAAGAAGGGCAGCAGGAAUUUGGAGGGAACAUUGCAAAAGGUUAUAUACCAGGAGCAGAAGUUCUAACUUUCAAGACUCGCAAUGAUGAUAUGGAAUGUGAUGAAAGUGACGAUGAAGAGGAAGAGAAAGAGGAGGAUGAGGGUGAAGAGGAGGAUGAUGAUGAAUGGGUUGAUAUGGAUGACUCCAAAGAUGGGUCCAUUUUGUCUGAAGGCGACGAAAAGAUAUUUUCUAACAAGGAAGCAAUAAACCAGGUAAUGAAAUUAACAGCAAAGGAACGUGCAGAGAAAGCCGCAGAUAUUGCAAGCUCUAGAUUUCUCACAGAUGAAGAUUUUCAACGAAUUGCAGCAGUACAAGCAGCCAAACAAGUUGAAUUAUAUAGUGGAAGUAAAAAGAUAAAGAAUGCAAAAAGAAAGCUUGAAAAUAUUGAUAAGCCAAGCGAAGGAGAGAUUGUUCCCUUAAAAAGUAUUGAAAUGAUCUAUAAGAAGAGAAAACAUGACAAGGCUGCCAGAAUGGAGACUGUAUUGGCAGGCAGAGAAGGCAGAGAAAAGUUUGGCUCUCGAAAAGGUCAGCGGAUGAAUCCAGAUGCUUCAAAAACAAAUAAGAUGAAAGCCAAAACUAAGAAUUACAUGAUGGUUAAACACAAGGUAGCACACAAGCAAAAGGUGUCUUUCAGAGACAAACAAAUGAAACUUCGUAAUUCUUUGCUGAAGCAGAGGAAAAAUUACUAAGUAAAUUAAUGUUUCUUUGUACAAGUUCUUGUACAAUAUAUUUUUUGGACUUAUUUUCCAGCUAUUAGAAAAUCAGUAUUUAUUCAUCUUUGUUAUGAUAUUGCUCAUUCUAUAAAAGCAUUGUAUAGAUAUAUUCGUAAUUGUUAAUUUCUUGCUAUUAGAAUUCUAAUAUUAACUCAUCAUUCUUUUGAUAUCACUGGUUGAAAAGGAUACAAAUAUAUUUCUGUAUGUGAAUGA